AUGAAUUCUGGGGUUAAGGGCGAGAGUUGCUUAGCAGCAGGCUUGCUGCAGCACCAGGUGGCCAUCGUCACCGGUGGGGGCACGGGCAUCGGGAAGGCCAUCGUGAACGAGCUCCUGCAUCUGGGAUGUAAUGUGGUCAUUGCGUCCCGUAAGUUUGAUAGGUUAAAAUCUGCUGCAGAUGAACUGAAUGCCAAUCUGCCUCCUACCAUCCAGGCUCAAGUUACUCCCAUAAAAUGUAACAUCCGUAAUGAAGAGGAGGUAAAUAAUUUGGUCAAAUCCACCUUAGAUAUUUAUGGUAAGAUCAAUUUCUUAGUAAACAACGGAGGAGGCCAGUUCUUCUCUCCUGCAGAAAAAAUCAGUUCAAAGGGGUGGAAUGCUGUGAUUGAAACCAACCUGACGGGCACCUUCUACAUGUGCAAAGCAGGCAAGUUUUACAACUCAUGGAUGAAAAAACAUGGAGGAUCUAUUGUCAAUAUCGUAGUACUUACUAAAAAUGGAUUUCCCGGAGCUGUGCAUAGCGGAGCUGCCAGAGAAGGUGUUUACAACCUCACCAAGUCCUUAGCUGUGGAAUGGGCCAGCAGUGGAGUAAGGAUCAAUAGUGUUGCCCCUGGAAUCAUUUUUUCCAAGACUGCACUUAGCAACUAUGAUUUUUUGACAACAGACAUGCUUAACAAGUACAUUCAGAAGAUCCCAGCUAAACGAUUUGGAGUUCCUGAGGAGAUCUCCUCCUUGGUAUGCUUCCUGCUGUCUCCUGCUGCUUCCUUUGUCACCGGACAGCUGGUGUAUGUGGAUGGGGGCCAGUCUCUGUAUGCACAGUUAUUUGAGGUACCAGAUCAUGACAACUGGCCCAAGGGAACAGGGGACCUUUCUCCUGUCAAAAGCAUAAAAGAGUCUUCUAACCGUACAGCCAAGCUGUAA